AUGGCAUAAUCAGCAAGUUUGUUUUUCUUCAAGAAGGUCAAAAUUGCAGGUAUCUCAUGUCUAUUUAAUCAUGUUCUCAUUUGAAGAUGUAUUUACUAGUAGAAAAAGAAAAUUUGACGGGAUUACAUCUAAAGAUGAACCUUCAGACAUAUCAGUUACUCCAAAGAUACCAAAACUAACUCUGUUUGACUCUCCAAAAGAGGCAACUUCAGAUUUUAGAAUUCGUUGUGGGGUCCAAGAAUAUAAUGUUAAAAGAAGGCAGGAUGUGUUUCUUGUUCAAGCUUGUUCCACAAAAAGUAAGGAGUUACAAAAUAAGAAUAGUUCAUAUCUUCCAUCCAAACCAUUCAAAACCGAAGAGGAGAAAUCAAAAAUGAGAGAUUCCAAACCAAAAUAUAACACCCAGAAAAAGUCUUCCACGUCAGCUGAGAAUCAGAACAGUCUUGCAGUAUCUUCUUGUAAAAAAACUAAAACUAAUCCUGUAGCCAAAAAAGAGAGUACAGUCAAUACCUCUUCUCCCAACCGAACAAAAUCUCCUGAAGCACCAAGUGUUUCAAACAACACUAGAAGCUGUUUGGUAAAACAAAAUUCUGAUGAAAAUAAACAAUCCCCGAUUACAACAAACAAAACAAUGAAUAAAAGACCUGCUAAUUCAAGUUCAAAUGAAAGAAACACUUCCCUAUUUCCUCCAGUGAAAGUGGUAAAAACAAUUAAGUCCACUUUACACGCUGAAUGUGCCAGUUUACGGACCAUUGAGAAUAACAAUAACAAGUGUAGUAUUAAGAAAAGUAAAGAGUUUAAAAAUGCACUCAGUCAAUUAAAGAUCGAGACAACUCAAUCCAGUACGCAAGUAAAACAUGACUGUCCUACAACGCUGAAUUUAUCAAAAUCUGUAAAGUCUGUUCCAAAGGGUACCAGUGACAUCAAAAGAGUCAAAUCUAAAAUCAAAGAACAUCCUAAUUUGAAGAAAAUAAGCAAAGAGAUUUUAAGUACAAUCAGUCAAGGAAUCAAAAGGAAUCAUUCAAAUGUUCAUAAAAACUGCACUGCCCUGAGCAAUACGAAGUCUAACGCCAAAACAAGUGUUUCUUCAAGUAACACCUCAAAAACUGUGGUGAAAGAGGACCAUAACUCAAUUGUAAAGAGGAGAGAAUUUUUAGCUUCGGUCAAUCAAGCAAUUAGAUUACAGAAAGUAUUUAUGAUAGGAAACCAGGGUAAGGUAGCAAAAACCUAUAUUCCUGUAAGUAAUGCCUUGAAGUCUCGAGGGUGGAUUGACAAAUAUGCUACUGAAGUAUCAUUAGAAGAAGAAAAGUUCUACUCAAAAAUGUCAGAGCUUACUACACGCCGUCUACAGGAAUGUGAUAUUAAUUUUGUCUGGGUCGUUAACAGUAUUGAUUUUGGAACUUUGAAGGAAAAUACAAUUGUUAGUAGAUUCCCAAAAAAUACUCAUUUUACAACAAAGGUAGGUUUGUGUGGAUUCCUGGAACAAUUCUAUUGGUUUUACGAGCAAGAUGUGUCAAGAACCUUAUCACCCAGAACGUUAAAAAUAACAACUGCUGAAGAUAUUGACUAUUUUUAUAGAGAGUUUGGUUUGUCAGCCUGUGUUUCUUUAUUAAAGAUAGUUGUUGAACAGGCUGAUACUAGAGCUAAAGCUGACCGGUUCUUCAAAUUCGGAGAGGUUCCAACAAAUAUAGUUGAUUUUGCGAAUGAUCAGUGUAUAGAAUAUAUACAUUAUCGGCAACACAAUGAUAUUGACCGACUGAAGGAUUCUCCACCGACACCAAAAGAGUGGACAGAUUUCCUAAAGUGGUUUUACAAAAUUGUCCAUGAAAGUGGAAGUUUCAAAACAACAUCUUCUCAAAAGGUCCAGGCACUGAGCACAAAGUGCCAGAUAACACUAAGUGAUGUCCAGCCAUACUGGCCCCUACUGGAAGUGGAGGGCUGUAAGAACCUGUGGUUGGUGAAGCCAGCGGCACAGGUCUGUGGAAAAGGCAUAAAAGUGAUGAGAACUCUGGAGGACAUUGUCAAUCAUGUGGAUGCCGUCUCGGAUGGCAAGAUGGGGCGAUACGUCGUCCAAAAGUAUAUUGAAAGCCCUCUUCUGAUAUACAACACCAAGUUCGACAUCCGACAGUGGUUCCUGGUCACCAGUGUUUACCCUCUGACAAUAUGGUUUUAUAACGAAUGCUAUUUGCGAUUUGCUUCCCAGCCAUUUUCACUGGUGAAUCUGCAUGAAUCCAUCCAUCUGACUAACAAUGCUAUUCAGAAGAACUACACCAACUGUUCGAAUCGUAAUGAGAACCUGCCGGAGGAGAAUAUGUGGCAUUCUUCAAAGUUUCAGGAUUAUUUAAGUGAAAUUGGACAUGCUGACAAGUGGAAGACGGUGAUACUGCCCGGCAUGAAGCAGGGGAUUGUGGGAGCAGUUCUGGCGUCUCAGGACGAUAUGGUUGACAGAGCAAACAGUUUUGAGCUGUAUGGAGCAGACUUCCUAUUGGGCAUCGAUUACAUCCCAAUCCUGCUAGAAAUCAACAUGGGUCCUGCCAUGCACGCUUCGACAAAAGUUACUGCAGAGAUUUGCAAGAGUGGUCUUGAAGAUGUCAUCAAAGUUGUGCUGGACACGAAGCGCAAUCCAAAAGCUGAUACUGGAAAGUUUGAAAUGUUAUACAAGCAAGAGCUGGGACCCAGGCCUCACCACACUGGAGAGCUUGAAUUGUUGGUGGCCGGUACAAAAAUUGUCCCAGAUCGAAGAGUUAAAAAAUAAAAUUGAUCAAACAUUAACUGUUAUGUAUAGCUCAAUCAUUCAUAAUUUGUUACAAAAAUUAACAAAACCACCACAACGUAAUAACUAUAAAUAAAGUUUACGCUUAACAAU